GAAUUUUUAAGUGUUUCACAGGUAUUUAUAUUUAAUGUAAAAUUUGGUAAACAUCGCAAAUUCCCGCACAAGCUUUAUGCAACGGGCGGUCUGUCCGCGCUUGACUAUAUCUUCUUUUAAGCAUAGAUAUGUAAGUAUUUACAUGUAUAUUUUAUAAGCUGGUUUCCACAUACAUAUGUGUGUAUGUAUGUAUAUGUUAUAUCAACUUGCGGAUUCUCAAAUUCCCCAGCGCUGCUAUAAUUCAUAAUCUUCAACUAACUGUAGAUUUGCCCCCAAAAGCUAAAGCAACUUUUUUGCUGAUUGGCUGACCCCAAAGAGCAUCAUUCGGGGUAUUAGCUGUGAAAAAAAGGCAAUAACAACAACUAUAACAAAGUACACUGCGUGUGUGUGUGUGCGUGAGGCUUGAGUAGAUUGGAUGCUUAUAAUAAAAAAACCUGUCCAGAGCAAUCAGAGGGUCGGUUAUUCUCUCGAACAGCAUCGUGUUGGUUUCGAUCGCCACUUGAAGCUUCAAAACAAACGCGCACGAAAAGUUAUAAAAGGCAGACGGUGUGGUGCAGGGGCUCUUAAGAAAAUAAAACAGUCGGUAAACAAUAAUCUUGAACAAAAUAUGCAAAUACUUUAUUUAAAGAAAACAUUAGAGUCGUUACUGCUGACGGUGGUGUUGACGCUCCUGAAGGGCGUUAUUGGUCAAAAUUUUGAUACCGCCACAUCCUGCACAGAGUUAAAGAAGAGCAUCUUCGAGGAACGAGUGGGCUUUAGUUUCCUAUUUCCAGGUGCGCCCAUCCAAUAUGAGACCUUCGAUAAUUGCCAAAGCUAUACGCCAUUGAUAGUCAACGGGCUGCCUGCGGAGCCUAUGGAAUUUCCCCAUAUGGCACGAUUGGGGCAUCGCACCGUAAAUCCAGCCAGCACCGAAUGGUUUUGUGGUGGCACGCUGAUCAGCAAGAGAUUCGUGCUUACAGCCGCACAUUGUCUUGAGACGCCACAGGGCGAGAUAAAUAUCGUGCGUUUGGGCGAGCUCGACUUUGAUAGCGAAACCGAAAAUGCCAAGCCACAGGAUUAUGCUGUCGAGGACUACAUCAAGCAUCCAAACUUCACAGAUCCAGAGCUCUACAACGACAUUGGCCUCAUAAAAUUGGCAGAGGAUGUAGGGUUUGAUCGUUAUAAGCAUCCCGCCUGUUUGCCCUUCGAGGACGGCUACCAAUUUGACUUCUUUAUAGCCACUGGUUGGGGCAGCACAGGCCUGGCUCAGAAGUCUUCCCCGAAGCUGCAAAAAGUGAAAUUAAGGCGUUUUGCUGACGAGCGUUGUCGCCGUGUGAUUGAACGCGGCUAUGAGCUGCCUCAGGGCUUUGAUGCUACCACCCAGAUGUGUGUAGGCUCCAAUCAGACCAAGGAUACUUGCAAUGGCGAUUCUGGUGGUCCCAUUUUAGUCUAUCACAAAGAUUAUCCAUGCAUGUACCACGUCAUGGGCGUUACUUCCGUGGGUAUUGUGUGCGCCAAACCAACUGUGCCCAGCAUUUACACCCGUGUCUAUCACUAUUUGGAUUGGAUCAAGGAAACUUUAGCAAAGUGAAAACGACUUGAACAUAUGACUAUAAUUCAAAUUAUGUAUACCUCAAUUUUAAAAUAUAAGAAACAAAUACUUGAUUACCGAA